AUGGACGACCCCGAGCUUCAGGCCAGACUUGCGGCUCUGGAUUCAGAGUUGGAGGAGGGUGAUAUUACAGAAAAAGGCUAUCAGAAGCGUCGCACUCUUUUAUUUUCUCAAUACAGUGUAGAUAUGUCGGAUAUGGGCCCUUCAAACCGGCAUGUCUAUGAGAUUAGAAAUGAGCCGGCGUCACCAUUCAAUAGACGAGAUUCCGGUAGAGACUCUGUGCACUCACCUGGGUCAUUUUCUACACACUUGGAGUCCGGAGCGAUGACAUCGGCGACGGUUACGCAAUACGGAGGUAUAAGUCGUGAAUCGACGACGGUUGGGUCUACACAGGAAUGGGGCGGAAUUGACGCGGUUGGAGGUGGUGUCAGGACAGGCUAUGCUCAAGGUCAACUCCAUGUGCGCAACGGUUCCAUGAGCCAACAAUCAUCGAAUCCCCGAGAUUCAAUAGCCACAUCUAUGCAUGUUAGGAACCCUAGCACUGCUUCCGGCGCUGCGUCUGCAUCUCCGCUGGUUACUUACCAGCAGCCCCAGUACGACUACAAUAGCCAACAUCCGCCUCACAUUGUAGGGCCUAUAGAAUAUCCCUUGAACCCCGGAUACGGGGGCCCAUCCUCCCCUGGGCGGGAAUCCCGAGAGAACACGCUGGGAGGGUAUUUUUCGGAUUUCACCGCUGCAGGUUACGACCACAAUAUGAUGCAUCGAUAUUCUGGGGAGCAGGGAGUUCCAUUCUCACCGUCUGUGGCUAUUCCUCCGCCAAUGCUCAGCUCAAAUGAUCUGCCGCCUCCUGGUGCUGUGAACCAUAUGUUGCCGUUGGAGCCUCGGGAUGUACCGUUUGCAGUUUACGACCCUCAUAAUUCCAAUACUCCUAUGUCCAAGUUUGAUAAUCUCGCUUCAGUAUUGCGGCAUCGAGCCGGGUCUGUUCCGAAACAGCCUGCAUAUAUAGUUCUUGAUUCCAGGGGCAAGGAAAUCGCGGCUUGCUCUUGGGAAAAGCUUGCAUCUCGUGCUGAGAAGGUUGCGCAAGUUAUUAGAGACAAAUCAAAUCUCUAUCGCGGAGAUAGAGUUGCGCUUGUAUACCGAGAUGUAGAAGUUAUUGAAUUCGCUGUGGCAUUGUUUGGGUGCUUCAUUGCCGGGGUAGUAGCGGUGCCUAUAAAUAACCUCGAGGACUACCAAAAGCUCAAUCACGUCUUAACAACUACUCACUCGCAUUUAGCUCUAACUACCGACAACAACCUGAAAGUAUUUCAACGGGACCUCACAACGCAGAAGCUUUCAUGGCCUCGAGGGGUAGAAUGGUGGAAAACCAAUGAGUUUGGAUCGUGGCGGCCAGGAAAGAAUCAGGAAGUACCUGCUCUCUCUGUGCCAGACCUGGCAUAUAUAGAUUUUGCUAGAUCUCCUGAGGGAGAGCUACGAGGUGUGGUCAUGAAUCACCGGACGAUUAUGCACCAGAUGGCCUGUUUGAGUGCUAUUAUAUCCACUGUCCCUCAUGAUGAUAGCAAAGAUACGUUUCAUCCAGGAUUACGGGAUAGGACGGGCCGCCCGGUGUCGGGGAGGCCAGCAGGUGACAUUCUGGUCAGUUAUUUGGAUCCGAGGCAAGGGAUAGGCAUGAUAUUUGGGGCGCUGCUAGCUGUAUAUGGGGGACAAACAACCGUGUGGCUCUCACAGGCUACUGCAACAACGCCUGGUCUUUACGCAAACAUUAUAACAAGAUAUAAAGCAACACUGUGCUUAGCAGAUUAUCCGGCACUCAAGUUGGUAGCUUAUAAUUAUCAGAAGGAACCCAUGGUGACUAGAAACUUUCAGAAGAGGCUCACCGUGGACUUUUCUACUGUUAGGUUCAUGUUGAUUGACGCGUUGACCCAUGGCGGUAUGGUGAUCAGUAUGAGGGACUGGCUCGGUGGUGAGGAACGGAUGGGAUGUCCUUUGCACCAACCGGAGGAGCAUGGGGAUGACAAAAAGGUGACCGAGCUCACGGAGGUUUUGCUAGACAAGGAAGCUUUGAAGACCAAUGAUGUUGUGGUCUUAGCUGUUGGGGAGGAGGCCCAAAAGAAAGCGGGAGAUCCGGGCGCAGUGAGGGUUGGAGCGUUUGGAUACCCUAUACCGGAUGCUACACUUGCCGUCGUGGAUCCUGAAACUUUGUUACUCUGUGCUCCGAAUGUCAUAGGAGAGAUAUGGGUUGAUUCGCCGUCGCUAUCUGGAGGGUUCUGGGCACUCACCAAGCAGACCGAGAACAUAUUCCAUGCCCGACCUUACAGGUUUAAAGAAGGUAAUCCGCAUCCGGUUAGCCUCGAGCUGGAGUUCCUAAGAACAGGUUUAUUGGGAUGCGUGAUCGAGGGAAAGAUAUUUGUUCUGGGUCUCUACGAGGAUCGAUUACGUCAAAAAGUAGAAUGGGUAGAGGAAGGAGCAGAAGGCAGGGAGGAAUUUAGGUGCUUCUUCGUUCAGCAUUUGGUUUGUAGCAUCAUGAAGAAUAUUCCAAAGAUUUAUGAUUGCUCGGCGUUUGAUGUUUAUGUCAAUGAGGAACAUCUGCCAAUUAUACUUUUAGAAUCACAGGCCGCUUCGACUGCGCCUACAAGUGCGGGAGGCGUUGCACGACAGCUCGAUAUUGCACUUCUUGACCAACUUUCGGAGAGGUGUAUGGACGUACUCCUAGAUGAACAUCACCUCCGAGUUUACUGUGUUAUGAUCACAGCGCCAAACACGCUUCCUCGAGUUCUCAAGAAUGGCCGCAGAGAGAUUGGAAACAUGCUUUGCCGUAAUGAAUUCCAUUCUGGGACCCUACCUUGCGUUCAUGUGAAAUUUGGGGUUCAUAGAGCGGUUCUCAAUCUACCUAUUGGCAUAGAUCCGAAUGGGGGCAUAUGGAGUCACCUUGCUACUCAGUCUAGACAGGACAUUUUGCUUAUGCAAGAGAAACAAUACUCUGGCGUGGAUUAUCGAGAGGUUGUUAUCGACGAUAGGACUUCAACGCCGCUGAACAACUUUUCGUCAAUUGUGGAUCUACUGCAAUGGCGUGUUGCUCGACAGGCCGAAGAGCUUUCCUAUUGCACUAUUGAUGCUAGGUAUAGAGAGGGUAAGGGUGUUACUUGGAAGAAGCUGGACACCAAGAUUGCUGCCAUAGCCGUUCAAAUCAAGAAUAAGUGGAAAGUCAAGGCUGGUGAUCACGUGGUCUUGAUGUACACACAUUCAGAGGAUUUUGUCUUUGCUGUGCAUGCCUGCUUUUGUCUGGGAGUUAUCGCUGUUCCUAUAGCGCCCCUGGAUCAAAAUCGAUUGAGUGAGGAUAUUCCGGCACUUCUUCACAUGAUUGCGGAUUUUAGCGUCCAAGCGAUUCUGGUAAAUACGGAGGUCGAUCAUCUAUUGAAAGGGAAACCACUGUCGACGCAUUUGAAGCAAAGUGCCGUAGUAUUGAAAAUCAAUAUGCCUCCUAUUCACAACACAGCAAAACCUCCGAAGAGUAAUAGUGGUUGCAGAGAUUUGGGGCUAACUAUGAAGGCGGAAUGGGUUCAAUCUGAAUUUAUUGCGCUGGUGUGGACCUAUUGGACCCCGGACCAAAGAAGGAUCGCAGUUGGCCUUGGACAUGAUACCAUCAUGGGAAUAUGCAAAGUCAUGAAAGAGACUUGCCAAAUGACCUCUAGUCGACCGGUGGUAGGGUGUGUCAGGAGUACUAGUGGCGUGGGGUUUGUGGUCUCCUUGUUAAUGGGAGUAUUUGUCGGUGCUCCUACAUACUUGGUAUCUCCAGUGGAUUUUGCGCAGAACCCACUAAGCCUAUUCUCGACGUUAUCGAGAUAUAAGAUCAAGGAUACAUAUGCUACCCCUCAAAUGUUAGACCAUGCAAUAUCGACUAUGCCUUCCAAAGGAUUUACAAUGCUUGAGUUAAAAAACAUGAUGAUUACCUGUGAGGGGCGACCAAGGCCUGAUAUAUUCCAGAGAGUCAGGCUGCAUUUUGCCGCGACGGAGUUAGAUCGGACGGCUAUCAACACUAUCUAUAGCCACGUGUUGAAUCCUAUGGUCGCUUCCCGCUCCUAUACGAAUACCGAGCCAAUAGAAUUAUGGCUUGACACGAAGGCGCUCCGGCGUGGUUUGGUGUACUCUGUUGAUCCGGAAACCCAUCCAAAUGCUCUUCUUGUCCAGGAUUCGGGUAUGGUUCCUGUAUCGACCCAGGUGGCGGUUGUGAACCCAGAAACCUGCAUGCUUUGUAGGACGGGAGAGUACGGCGAGAUAUGGGUAGAGUCGGAAGCUUGCGUCAAAUCGUUCUAUGGUUCGAAAGACACUUUUGAUGCGGAUAGAUUCAAUGGCAAGACAAUAGAUGGAGAUCUACGAAUAACCUAUGUCAGAACCGGCGAUCUCGGGUUCUUGCACACUGUUUCAAGGCCAAUAGGCCCGGGAGGGGCCCAAGUGGAAAUGCAAGUAUUGUUUGUACUUGGUAGUAUUGGUGAAACAUUCGAGGUCAAUGGGUUAAGCCAUUUCCCUAUGGAUAUUGAGGAUUCUGUGGAACGAUGUCAUCGAAACAUAGUUUCCGGAGGAAGUGCGGUAUUCCAAGCCGGCGGAUUGGUCGUGGUCUUGGUUGAGGUUCGGGUCAAGUCGUAUCUGGCAUCGAUGGUACCGGUGAUCGUCAAUGCUAUCCUGAACGCGCAUCAACUUGUUGUCGAUAUCGUUGCCUUUGUGGGCAAGGGGGAUUUCCCAAGAUCUCGUCUUGGCGAGAAACAACGAGGGAAGAUUCUUGCUUCGUGGGUUACGCGGAAAAUGCGGACAAUAGCGCAGUUUGGUAUCCGUGACACCGACCGGAACGAGAACCCCGAAGCCGGCCAACCUCCAACGAUUGUGGAAGCAUCCCACUCGAUGACUGGUGGCGACGGCGAUGAGAAACACGGCGUCGAUUUACCCUUUGAGCUUGCCGACAAUCAGCUCAGUGGCCUCUCCCCGAUCGAACUCCCAACCUUCUACGCGGGGUUCCCGAUAGAAGAAAUACUCGGGGAAGGCGGUGAAGGCACAGAUUACCACCGCUCUAUGACGAGCUCUACUUGCAUGACGCCCACGAUCUCAACACCGCCGCCAAAGAGCGCCAGGCGGCAACCUAUCUCUUACCAGCAGAAUUUGUAUGCUGUCCACCCUUCUGAUACUGCUGGAGGAGGAGGAGGCGUAGACUCGGCGGCGGCGCCGGAAAACCAAUCCCCUCUCGGUCACUGA